AUGACGAUACCUGACAAUCCCACUUCUCAUGCGCAAACGCCCUCAUCAUCACCAUCACCACCAUCCACUCACCUCUGCCUCCUCCGCAUCCCCGAACUCGCCGAGCUCAUCUUCCAGCACCUGCCUCCCCGUGACCUCCUCCUCGCGCAGCGCGUCUGCCGCACCUUCUACGCCACCAUCCACGCCUCGCCCACCCUCCAGCAAUGCCUCUUCUUCGCCCCCAAGAAGCGUCGCUACCCCCGCCAUCCCUCGCGCCAGAGGAAGAACGACGAUGACGAGGACCAGGAGCCAGACGACGAAGCGUGGGAGACCAACCCGCUCCUCGCCGCCGCCUUCCCGCCGUGGUUCCAUCUGCGCUACGUGCGCUCGCGGUGGGACUGGCCGCAGGCGGCGUCGUUCGCCAACGAGCUGCCGUGGGCGGGCGACGCCGACCGCGUGCGCGCCUUCAUGCGGCCCGAGGCGAGUUGGCGCCGCAUGCUGGUCACACAGCCGCCGCUGCGCGACGUGCAGCUGCUCGUCAAGUGCGAUCACGUGCGGAACUUGGUUAGCGAUGACUAUGUGAGGUUUGUUGGGGGGAGGAGGGGGAAGGGACGGUGGGGCGGGGGUGGUGGUGGUGGUGGUGGGGAGGAGGGGGAUGAGGGCGAUGGCGCGUUCGGCGAGAUGUUGGACGAUGCGCCGGGCGUGACGAUGGGGUUUUUGUACGACAUCACGCAGGAUUUUGUGCUGAGGAAGCACGUCGUCAGCAAUUUCUUCGUCCAGUGGCGGCCUUUCCUGCCGCCGGAUACGGGCGGGUAUGUGUCGGAGGAGGAGGACGAGGAUGAGGGGUUUAUCGAUCAGCCGGACGAUGUGUGCGGCUUCGGGACGCCAAGUUGGAGACGAAGGGAUGAAGAACCUCGCGAUAUGCUUUCGAUACACCUGAGCUAUACGGCUCAGCGUAACGCAACUUUCCUUCCCACCCGGCUUCCGCAACUGAAGAGCAAGGGAUACAAGGAGAUUAGCACCUACCGGAAGCUCUUGGACACAUCUGCUCACUUCAUCGCCUCGGAAGGUUCCAGAGCAGAUCAGCCCACGGACUUUUACGAAACCUGCGAGUUCCUGCACAAGCAGCACGGCGAUACAAUGCUGACCUGGGAUAUGGCUUGCAUUGAGGGCUCCAAAUUCAGCCAGUUCCCCUGGACGUACAACGCUCAAAUCAACUACCGCGGAGAGACCUGGAAGUAA